CCCGCUCCUGCUCCGUCCAUUGUCUGCGCCCAAUGAGGAGCGGGGGAAGAGGGCGCCGCCUCUGGAUGCCGGGACUGGCGCGCAAUGGCCGACCGUCUCACGCAGCUGCAGGAUGCGGUGAACUCGCUUGCAGAUCAAUUUUGUAAUGCGAUUGGAGUAUUGCAGCAGUGUGCCCCACCCGCUUCCUUCACCAAUAUUCAAACCGCAAUAAACAAGGAUCAGCCUACUAAUCCUACAGAAGAAUAUGCCCAGCUGUUUGCUGCAUUGAUUGCAAGAACUGCCAAGGAUAUUGAUGUAUUAAUAGAUUCCUUGCCCAGUGAAGAAUCAACAGCCACAUUACAAGCUGCCAGUUUGCAUCGCUUGGAGGAAGAGAAUCACGAGGCAGCUGCACGUCUUGAAGAGGUGGUUUAUCGUGGGGAUAUGCUUUUGGAGAAGAUACAGAAUGCUUUAGCUGACAUUGCUCAAUCACAGCUGAAGACAAGAAGUGGCAGUCAUAGUCAACCUGCUCCAGAUUAACCACCAGAGGUGUUGGGACUUGACCACAAAAUUUGAUCUUCUUGAGAAGGUGGGGAGGGAAGGACUUUUUUUAAAAAAAGUUGUACGUUACUGUUGAGCCUUAAUCCUGUGGAAGGAUGUCUGGUGUUGUGCUUCUGGGAAAACAUCUCCCUGUUGACAAGAUAUUCAGUCUUUUGUAAGGCAUUGCACUAGCAGGAAGUAAUCACAAAUUGAGAGUUGCCAAACUUUUAAUUUUUAAUAUGUUCCUUAUGCCCAAAGCCCUGUGCUUUGUUUGUUAAUGUUUGUUAGAUCAGAAUUUCUGAUUUCAUUUGGUCAGCAACCUUGUGAAGUUAUAAUGAAUUAAAUGCCCCGGCACACAUGUGUAAUAAGGCAUGCAUACUGGCACACGGUGUUUUAUUGCAUGGAAUUGUCCUUUCAACUUCCAAAGCAUUCAACUUCCAAAUCGCGGCUUCUGAUUGGCUGCAGGAAGCUCCUACAGCCAUUUGGAAGCUGCAGAAGCCCCGUUGGACGUUUGGCUUCCAAAAGAAUGUUCAACAGUCGGAACAGUCACUUCCGGGUUUCGAUCGUUCGGGAGCCAAAAUGUCCGAGUUCUAGGGCGUUUGACAACUAAGGUACGACUGUACAUGUAAAGUGUCACUAAGCCAUGGUCUUUAACUUGCUCCUAACGUUUAUUAUUAUUUUUCUAUUGACUAGCGGACUAAAGAAAAUCCUCUAGUUUUUCCAGUACAGAUUUGCAAUGGAUAGCAAGAGCUUGGUUUUUAUUUCUUGUUGGAGAUCUGGGUACUGUCCAGCUGUUGAACAGCUUAUAGACAUCCGCAUGUAGGUAUGGAUGAUCACUGUACACUGGGGUGGGAAACCUCUGGCCCUCCAGACAUUGUUGGACUACAACUCCCAUUAGCUGCAGCCAACAUGGGCAGUGGAUUAUUGGAGUUGUAGUCCAGCAGCAUCUGCAGGGCAAUAGGUUCCACAUCCCUGCUGUAUACACUGUUACGGAUAUAAUUGGAUGGUCUGCUUUGGUGGGGAAGGGGAAGGAGAGAAGGUAUGGAAGAAUUAGAGGUUUGCAUACCUGUUCUACAUGGGACACAGCUUGGGCUAAAUAAAUUGAUUCAAACAAAGGUGAGCCGUCAUUUUUUAUUGGAAGCUCAGUCUUGAUGGUAUCCAAAGUUAGAACUUAGACAGUUUGCAUAAAUGAAGCAUAGCUGAAUAUGACAGGUCAACACUUUAAUGUCAAACAUCUGCAGACAAAUAAAAACAAAUUUUUGUCUUAAAA